AUGGGUUGGUCACGAAAUUGGUUGGUCACGAAAUUGGUUGAGACACAAAAUUGGUUGGGACACGAAAUUGGACAUGAAAUUGGUUGGGAUUCGAAAUUGGUUAGACAUGAAAUUGGUUGGUCACGAAAUUGGUUGGUCAUGAAAUUGGUUAGUCACGAAAUUGGUUGGGAUACAAAAUUGGUUGAGACACGAAAUUGGUUGGUACGAAAUUGGUUGGAACAUGAAAUUGGUUGGGACACGAAAUUGGUUGAAAUACGAAAUUGGUUGGACAUGAAAUUGGUUGGAUACGAAAUUGGUUGGGACAUGAAAUUGGUUGGACACGAAAUUGGUUAG